AGGAAAAGAAGAAAAACACCAGUCUACGGUGGCGGGUUAUAAAAAUGAGCUCUGCAGAUGGCAGAAGGCUCUCAUUUGGAUGGCUCCUAAAACUGGCCCCAAGUUCUCUGUACUGCAUUUUCUGGACUUUCAGGACUUUUCUAGGACUUUUAAAGUGAGUGUAAAGGCUCAGGACAUUUAACAACUCUCCCCAGAUUGUUUUGAGCAUCGUGUAAUCGUUUUUAUUAGGAAUAUGAGUCGCCUUUGCAUCAUACUGCUGCUGAUUAUGUGUAUUGGUCAGAUUCACAGCAUUUAUGGGCAGGAAUGUCUCAGUACUCAGGAGCUGCAAAAUUCCCUACGCCAAGCACAAAAGCUGCUCGCAUCACACGAGACCUCGUACCUGCAGAGUCUCCGCAGCCUGAAGAGGAAAAUCAGCCAGCUGCAGAACAGCACGGCUCGUGUGGCAGCCAGACCCAGUGAUGCUUCCUGUCCAAAACUGGAUGCUCCCCUCAAUGGACGAAAAUUGGGGAAGGUUCUACUGCCGGGUCAUGAGGUUCACUUCCUGUGUGACUCAGGCUACGAGCUGGUGGGCUCUGAGACUCGGCAGUGUAAGGAGUCGCUCACCUGGAGUGGCCAACAUCCCAUCUGCAAGGAAAUAAACGAGUGUACCUCUUCACCCUGUGCCAAUGGGGGUUCAUGCACAGAUGAAGUGAAUGGAUUCACAUGUGCUUGUGCCAGAGGAUGGGCGGGACCUACAUGCCAAUCUCCAACACCAACAUUUUUUGUCACCACAACCAACAUCUCUGCUGCCACCUCUGGAGCUGCAGCUGCCACCACGUUUCCUUUAACAACUCUGCUUCCAUUUGUGCAGCCGUCCAAGUGCAGCCAGGUCCAGGGCACCACACACUGCUCCUGUGAGGCAGGAUAUACCAUUUCAGGCCGGGACACCAGCAUUUGCACAGACAUUGAUGAGUGUGAGGUGUUCCAUAACGGGCUGGCAGGUCGUUUGUGUGUGCAUGCUUGUGUUAACACCCCGGGUGGCUAUCGCUGUUCAUGCCCAGCUGGCUACGACGUGAGCCGAGAUGGCCGAGGCUGCAGAGACAUCGAUGAGUGCGCCACAAGGCAGAACAACUGCACCCAUGAUCGGCUGUGUAUCAACACGUAUGGAGGUUUUCAGUGCGUAAAGGUGGAGUGUCCACGCAGCCGAAAUGUGACCUACGUCAAAACCUCACCCACGCGCUGUGAAAGGAACCCCUGCCCUGUGGACAAUAAAGCGUGUUCUCGGGCUCCUAACUCCAUCUCAUACCACCACAUGUCACUGGUGUCAAAUCUCUCGGCUCCGCGGGUCAUGUUCCGGGUUUCGGCGGUGCGGAUGAUUGGAGAUACUCUGCGUUUCGCUGUGCUAGGGAGCCGCGGGCGACGCCAUUUCAGCGUCCAGCGUUCGGACCGGCAGACCGGUGAGCUGCUCCUGCUCAACCCCUUGCAGGGUCCUGACACCCUUGACGUGGAGGUGGAGAUGAGCGAGCUGGAGAAGAAGGCGCUGAUUGCGCGCUACAUCACCAAGAUUACCAUCUUCAUCUCACAAUACGAGUUCUAGGUCCGGAGUUCAAGAGGAACACUUAAUAUUGUUGUCUAUAAUAAUAAUAAUAAUAAUAAUAAUCAUCAUCAUCAUCAUCAUCAGAUUUGACACUGUCUAUAUACCGUAUGAUAAAUCCAGUUGAAGUUCUGGCUUAUAGUGGGGUCCAAACGUCUGAGUCCAGUUUUGUAUUUAGUCCAUUAUUCCAUGGAAAACACAUUUUUAAAGGAACACUGUGCGAUUUUUAGCGCCUUCUGCUGCCUCUGAGGUGAACUGCAAAUGUAAUAAAAAAAUAACUGACCAGGCCUCACCUUCCCUCCGAAUUGACUUCACCCCCUCUGUUGCCUCUUUAAUUUUUUGGUUUUAUUUUAUUUUGUUUAUACAAAAAAAAAAAAAAAAAAAAAUGGGCAGGGCUGAGCAGCUCUCAGAGGCGGUACCAAUUUACAGGCCAGAAAACCAACCGACCAAAGCUUGGCAAUAUCGCAAAUCUUUUUCUUUCUUCCUUUUUUUUUUUCUCAAAUGUGUUUUCGAAGUCGAUUAUUCAUGAUAUUACUGAUUAUCACAGACCUAGAAACGCUUUUAGAAAUUACAAACUGCACCUUUAAGUCCAAAACAUUUCUCACAAAUGUAGUCUUUAUCAGGUGUUAGUGCUAGUUAACUCUGAGAGUUAUAAACGUGUACAUGUUGAGAUUUGAAUAUAAAUAUAACUGAUAGGAUAACUUUGAAGAAAACAAAAUCCUAUAAUAAUAAUAAUAAUAAUAAUAAUAAUAAUAAUAAAAGCCAACAGCUAAUGUUAGCCAAUAUCCUAUAGUGUGUGAACUGGAUAGUCGGUUCCAUGCUAGUUUUCUGCGAACAGUUCUUGUGUGUGGAUUCAGACGUUUGGACUUUAUUCUAUGCCAAGUAUUUAGUUGUGCGAUCUUGUUAAUCAAAAAAAAAAAAAAAAAAAAAACGGAAACAUUCAUUAUUUAUUUAUUUCUUCAAACUUGUAGCUAAUGGUACACGUUGUAGACGUUCUCUUUCCCAGUGUCUCACUGCCUCUAUACAUGUGUGUAAAAGCAAAUGUACUGAAUGACCCCAGAUUGAUCUGUAAUAAUAUCCAACGUUCGGUUAUUUCCAGUAGGAGUUAAAGCUACAGCAUGGCUGACAGCUGGAUCACCUCUGCACUCGAACAGAGCAAAUGACCUACGUCAUAUGUAUACGUUUACUGUAUCCACCAUAAUAUUGUGUGUACGAGUUCCUGACGCGACUGAACUGACCUAUCUACAAGGCUUGUGAUAGUUAAGGCUCUCUAUGUCAUGACUGUAGCGACAUACUGGACAUGUGAUUGCUUAUCUCGCUGUAGUGCGAGUCAAUUUAGAGCUUUUCAUUGUCGAGAUCUCCCACAGAAUGAAAAGGAUGUCAAGGAAACGUAGGUUUUGACUAGAGUGAAAGUUUUUAAAUACGUCUUUUAGUACUGAACGACUGGAAAGAUGACCGUUGUGGUCAUGUACAAGAGGAGGAAAUUGAAUCGCAAGCAAAAAUGACGUCUAUUUAGGGCCCAGAUGUGUGUGGAAGAGAGAACGCACUAAAAGUGGAUCGCUCACGGUGUCUUUUUUAUGAGCCGAUUAAAGUCAUGGAUGUCUCUGGUCACUCAUUGGUCAAUGGAGUUUGCUCACGGGUAUUCAUUUUCGGGUUUCUUUUGUCACAGAGCCUAAAAGACACCCUCAGUGAUGAAGAGAUUACAGUACCUGGGUGUCAUGUACCCCUUUAAAACACUGGCAAAGAUUGGAUAUUUCGACCAUUCUUCUUACUACAUAAAUCUUAAUGGACUAAAAUUGCACUUCUCGGUAAGACGUUAGCCCCGACACACAAAUCUCCGCUUCACUCCAGGUCAAAGAGGCGCUGUGUUCUCGCAGUUUGCCGUUUUCACGAGUGUUUAUGUAGCACCGCAAGUAAAAACAGUGUAUCUGAAGGGUAUAUUUAGAUGCACAGUGAUAUUUAGAUGUACGUGAUAAAUCCGAGGCGUGUGCGGUGUCCGUGUGUGUCACUGUAAAUCCCGACGUGUGUACAGUACUUGAAAGUGUUUGUGCUUGUGUGUGUUAGUUUUGCCACAAACUAUUAGACUGCGUGCGAAUGUAAAAAAUGUUUCACUGACGUGUCACGUAACACUUCAUGAACCCGGAGCGUUCACCUUCUGAGCUGUAAUCGUGUACAUGCAGGGUGUAAAAUAAACAAAAUCGGGGUGGACGAGUUCGAAACAUAAUAACGUAACGCUAAGAAGCGGUAGCUAACGUCGUGUCGUUUUGUAUCACGUAGCUAGCUAGCUAGCUAGCUUAGUAAAGUACAUUCAUACAGACUAACAGAAAGGAAAAACGAAUGUGUUGUAUGUUUAUUAAUCCUUUGAUUGAAUCCGUGACAACAAAUCAGCAUCUCCGGCCAAAGUUUCAGCCAUGAGACGUGAUGUUCGGUCUUCGCAUCACACGUAGAGAUAUUUAUUCAGCAGCUACGUGUGAGUCUGGGUGUGUUUCGCAUGCCACUGGAUCACUACAGAUCAGUGAAAGGGACAGCACAAGCAAGGAUAGAGUGUAUGAAUGUCUGAAUGCAUCCUGUUGACAUUGAAAGGGCUGAAUAGAGAGAGAUACACACCGUCCCCUUCUCAUCAUUUUUGUGUUUCUGCUCGGGGCCUCCUAUUUUUCAGCUGUCAGAGACAUCACUCCGCGCUGAAAGACUCUUUUCCCCCUUCAUUCAAUCCGACUGUCUGUCUGAGUGCAUCUCUGAAUGCACACUGUCAUACUCAGAGAGACAGAGACAGAGAGAGAGGAGACAGAAGAGACAGAGAACGGGAAGAGGAGGAGAGAGAGAAAGAGUUAGAGAGGGGCAAAGGAGAGACAGAGAGAGAAAGAUAAAUACAUCGAGAGAAGAGCGACAGAGAGAGAAAGGAGAGACAGAGACAAAAGAGACAGAGAAAAACAAAGGGUGUGUGUGUGAGAGAGAGAGAGAGAGGAGACAGAAGAGACAGAGAAUGAGGAGAGAAGGAGGGAGAGAGUUGGAGAGAGACAAAGGAGAGACAGAGAGAGAAAGAAAUACAGCGAGAGAAGAGAGACAGAGAGAGAAAGGAGAGACAGAGACAAGAGAGACAGAGAAAAACAAAGGGUGUGUGUGUGUGAGAGAGAGAGAGAGAAGACAGAAGAGACAGAAUGAGGAGAGAAGGAGAGCGAGAGAGAGAGUUAGAGAGAGAAAGGAGAGACAGAGACAAAAGAGACAGACAAAAACAAAGGGUGUGUGUGUGAGAGAGAGAGAGAGAGAGAGAGAGAGACAGAAGAGACAGAAUGAGGAGAGAAGGAGAGCGAGAGAGAGAGAAAGGAGAGACAGAGACAAAAGAGACAGACAAAAACAAAGGGUGUAAGAGAGAGACAGCGAGAGAGACACAGAGGGGGGGGAAAGAGAAAAGAGAGAGAGAAAGUGAGACACAGACAGAGACAGAGAUGGAACACUGGGUGAGAUAUCCUCUUUGUCUUUUUGGGAAAUCUAUGACCUUAUUCUAUUGGCACCCUGUCCAGGGUGUACCCCGCCUUGUGCCCGAUGCUCCCUGGGAUCGGCUCCAGGUUUCCCCGUGACCCUGAAAAGGAUACGCGGUAUAGAAGAUGAAUGGAUGGAUGGAUGGAUGCAUGACCUUAUUCUUAACCUCCUGGCAGCUGCAACCUGCUACUCCUGACACUCUCAGUCCUCCCAAAAGCUCCUGGCGAAUUUGAGCUGUUCCAGACUCGACUGUGGUUCCUGGACCGGAACCGCGAGGCCAGUUCUCUGCUUUUCACUACACACUGAAUACAUCCGAGUUUCAGAUCAAAAGAUGAAUAUGAGACGACAGAUCACAAUUCCAGCUUUCGUUUCCUCCUAUCUACACCUAGACGUGUUAAACGACUUCGAACAAGGCAUCUUUUACAGCAGACCACCCAAUACUUAGGUGAGCAAAAGUAAUGGAACAGAUACCGGUGACGUAAAUAACACCUAAUAUUCGCUUGCGUAUCCCUUGCUUACAAUAACUGCGUCAAUCCUGCGACUCACUGACAUCACCACAACUCCUGCAUUCUUCUUCUGCGUUGCAUUUCCAUGUUUUUAUCGCAGCGUGUUUCAGUUGUUUGUUUCAGGGAGGUUUCUCCAUUCAGUCUCCUCUUCAGGAGGUGAAAUGCUGCUCAGUUGGGUGAAGGUCUGGUGAUUGACUUGUCCAGUCUAAAACCGUCCACUCUUCCCCCCUGAUGAAGUCCUUUGUUGAGGUGGAAAUUGGAACACAGGUUGUUUUUGUAAACUGAAUUCACUCUGCUGCUACCAUCAUGACUUCCAUCAUCAAUAAAGAUUAGUGAGAAUGUUCCAGAAGCAGCCACGCGAGCCCAAGCCAUGACGCUACCUCCACCGUGCUUGACUGAUGAGCUUGUAUGUUUUGGAUCAUGAGCAGAUCCUUUCUUUAGAGGUUAAUCUUGGUUCCAAAACUUUUAUGGCUCGUCUCUGUAUUUCUUUGCGAAUUCCAAUCUGGCUUUCUGAUUCUUACUGCUGAAGAGUGGUGUGCAUCUUGUCGUCCGGCCUCUAUAUUUCUGCGCUUCUUCGAACAGCGGAUUGUGAUACCUUCACCUCAUCGACUGCUGUUGUUUUCCUCGGCCGACCCGCUCUAUGUCUGGUCGUCAGUACACCAGACGUUUCUUUUCUUUUUCAGGACAUUCCAAAUUGUUCUACUGGCUAUGCCUGAGGCUUGUGUAAUGCCUCUGAUGGGAUUUUCCAUUUUUUCUCAGCUUCAGAAUGGCUUGCUUUUCUCCCAUAGACAGCUCUCUGGUCUUCAUGUUGGUUUAUCCUUUUUUAACAACAAACGCAGUCUUCACAGGCGAAACCUAGGGCUCACACCAGGAGUAGACAUCCAGAGCUAUUCAUUCUUCAAACAAUCAAUUUAACACGGCACACCUGGGCAACACCUAUCACCUAUCAUAUUUUCCAGUACUGUAGGUUCGAACAAAAGGUGCCAUGUUCUAAGUAAAUACGAGGAAACGAUAGGUGAAUUCUUUUGAUCUCAAACCCAGACGUCUUCAAUGCAUAGCGAAAACAACAGAAUUGGACUUGCUGUUCCGAUACUUUCGGAGAGGACCGUAUACGGCAGCUGGUGUAAAUCUCUGAGCUCUCUUUUUAAUCGUUUGUAACUCUUUUCUAACCUGACUGACCCUCUGUAAACCUGUCUAGCUGCUGAUGAGAGAGACAGAAGGAGAAGAAAGAGUCUCUGCAGUGCACCUGCUCCGUCCCACUAACCUGUUACUGAUAGUAAUCCAACACCUCCAUUCCCACAGCAUGAUGGGAAACCUGGCACAGAGCAGCUUCCUCCCUCCGCAUGACUCUGACCUCCAAAGCCACCCGCGACGUGAUCCAAUCGGAGCUGGAUCAGAUUUAAGGGGAGACUCACCACGCUGCCACUCUUGCCGGAAAUCUACACCAAGACAGGAGAAGAAAAAAACACAACACACAGCAGCGCACGUGAAUACGCGAAGACGCUCAAACGUCUGCAGAAGUGCCGAGGCAACACGAAUACGGAAGAGGAGUUCAAGCAGAUGUAGGAAAAUAUUUAUCGUUUAAAUUUGCUUUCAAACCCGGUAUUAUCUACAGUGCAAAAGUUUGCGCACCCUAGGACAAAAUGAGGAACACAUGUACGGAAUAAAACAGUCCUGUCCCGAAGACUUUCUUGUGGCGGAAAAACUUACCUGAAUGAUAAGCUGUUACCAUAGAAACCGUGGUUUGAAUUGGAUAUCCGAGGUGCUGUUCUAGAAAAAAGGAAUUAGAUACAGUGCCCUCCAAUAAUAUUGGCACCCUUGGAAAAUAUGAGCAAAGAAGGCUGUAAAAAUUUGUCUUUAUUGUUGAACCAAACAAAAGACAGGUUUAUAUAUAUUUAAAAAAAAAAAAAAAAAAUUCUAAAAUAUAGAUGUGCCACAAUUAUUGGCACUCCUAAACUUUUAUUUAUUAAAGAACAAAACGUCAUACUUCUUCUGUCUGUUUAUUUUUAGGUUUAAUUUUGUGGGAGAAAAAAAAAAUGCAGAGAAACCAGAAAUGUAUUGUGUCCUGAAGAGUUUAGAGGAGAAAUUAAAGGUUACAGUGUUUUUACUAUAGUUUUAGAAUGAGAUGUUUUU